AUGCCACCAGAACUGGUUCCUACAGCAUGUAAGGACUGGUCUCUAAAUGUCGAUGUGGAAUCUGCAAGACGAUUUUGGUGGAACAACACAUACAGUAUUACCCUUUGGGAGGAGACGCUAAAUAUUGACAAGCAGGCUGAAACAAUUACUGACGACGAUGUAUGGUCUAAAUUUAUCGACCUCCAGUUGCGAUGCGUUUUCAAAAUAUGUUCCAUUUGCCAUUCACCAGAAGGCAAUGAAGACAUGAAAGUAUGCUGCUACUGUGGUAAUACUGUCCAUGAAAACUGCUCGGAGCCCGCGACGCCGGAGCAGAUCAUGUGGAAACCUGCCAAUCUUGUAUAUGCAGAGCACAUGCGUGCUUGCUUUCAGUGUCAAGCAGUGGAGUACAAAGAAGUAUUAGCUCCGCAGUCGCCGAGCGAGUGCGAUAAUGCUCGUCGUGCUGCGAAGAGGGCACUAACAAUAUCCGACGAGUACCCAUCAGCUAUCGUUGAGAAAAUUCAACGGGUCUUGCAGCAAGCCGAGGCCACCUCUAACGACUCGGUGCUUAUUGUCGAGCUAAAAUUGCUCGUGCAAAGCUUUUUCCAGUCCCCACAGUCGUUACAGUUCUUGCGUAAAGCGCGUGUUGCCUCUAAAGGUGGUGGAAUAGGCGUGAUAGCGGCUCAGAAAAUACCUGCAUUCUCCAUUAUCGGUGUUUACCCCGGAUAUUUGGAUUUCAUGAGUGGCGAGCAGGCCAAGUGCGGUCGCCCUAUACCGAAAUACGCUUUGAUGGAGUACAACUGUGCCAACUACUUCAACGAAGUGUUUGUAGAGCUGCAAACUACUUUCACACCCUUCAUCAAUGAACCUAAUGUCGACGAAAAAAGCAACUGCGCUUGGAUCCAGGAGGCACACCGCAAAAACGGGCGGUUGAGUGUCAUUUGCGUUCGGGAUAUUCAAGAGGGUGAGGAGCUCACAAUUGGAUACGGUCCCAUUUAUCCUCGCACGUACCCCUACUGCUAUGAUGCGUAUGCUUGCCACCGGAUCGAAGGCCAUGCUACGCAUCCGUGCUAUUCAUUGUGGCACUGGCCUACCUUGCAAGAAGCUGACGCGCAAUUUAUCUGCUACAUUGGUUACAUUGAGAGGGAGGAUUGCUAUGUUCUUUGGAAAAGCGAAACGUGA